AUGCUCUGCGCCAGCCCAGAGAACUUCUUCGGAUGGGCCUCCGUGCGCGCCGCGAGCUCCUUCUUCGCGUCGUCGUUGUUCCUGCCGAGGCGCCGCAAAGCUCGGGGCCCGUUGAAUCACUUGGCGCGGGCGCGCCUGCGCCCGAAGCAGGACUGCGAGGACAGAUGGCCCAUGGCAAUGUGUGUAGAGCACAGCUCGCACGUCUUCUGGUCGUCGACGGCUUUGGCGCCAUCGAGCGCGGCCAAGGCGCGGCUCAGCACCUCGCCCGCUGGUUCGCCACUCAUGGCGCUGCUGCUCAAAUCGAGCGGGAUGGUCCCUAACGAAGCCGCGACCUCGAGCCGCCAUGGCUACGGGGUCACAGGGGUCGCGGGGGGCCCGGGCGCGCUAGCGAUCCCGGAGGGCGACCAGCGCGAGAACUGGCACAGGCAGCACCACCCCAUGGGCGACCGCCCACACACGCAGUCGAAGCAUUGGUCGCACAUGGAGUCAGGACCGUCGCGUGCACCUUCAGCGGCUUCGGUUCAUGAAGACGCGGCCGAGCUCAUGAACGACGACUUCGACGUGAACGGCGGGCAGCUGAUCGAAGCGGGGGGGCUGCGGGUCGCAGGAAUCUGGACCCAGGGCGGGGCAGGGACGUCCGACGGGGAGGCCAGGGCCCUGGACCACUCCUCACGGCCGCUGAGCGACGGCCGUCUCGAGGCGGCCCUCGACGAUCUUAGCCUGUGGGGCGGGCCCGGGCCGGCGGGCCAGGGCCCACACGAGGCGCCCAGGUCGUCGCAGGCGGGCGGGGCCGCCGGGGGCGCUGGCCCGGCGCUCGCGCAGGCGCGCGCCGAGCGAGGCGACGCCAUCGCCGAGGAGGUGGCGUCGGAGCUGGCCGAGGCGCAGUCCAUGCGCUGCCAGGCGCUGCUCGUCACGGACGAGGCGGUGAGCAUGGCCGCGGCUGUGGAGGAGCCCCGGCCUCCUCGCGCCCGGGGCCGCCCAGGCGGGUCGCCUGCGCAGCGAACUCGCGGAGGAGGCGCGGCGGCACGACGAGGCCGCCCGGGAGUGCGAGGCCCUCAAGCAGGAGACAGAAACCUCUCCGGCCAGCCCAGACUCUCGAAGAAGCGGAGCAUGAGCUGGUUUUGGAUGGAGGGGAACACCGCGGCGAAGUCGAAUAAUAUGGCCUGCACGCAGGAGCUCCUGGCGCUGGUACGCCUGGCGCAGCAGUAGCUCCGCCCUGGAUGCGAGGAGGGCAGCUCACACGUGGGGCCCUCGGGGCCAGCACCCAGAAGGGGGGGAUCACAAGGGGAUGCUGCCCUCGCUCCACCUCUGGGCGGCUGCGGGCACGCGGCGCUGGCGUCGCCAGCAGGACGCGGCGAGACACGGCGUCUCAGCGCGAGCGCAGCAGGAAGGGGGGGACCCCUCUUCCCAGACCCCCGACGUCAUGACUUUUGGAUGCGACGUCAAAACGCACGAGUUAUCAACACGUUUUCCGGCUCGCAACCUGACUUUGUGAGUGUUAGUGUGCCUUGCACCAGACGGCGCGGAAGCAGGGAGAAAAG